AUGCCGAUCCCAACUCCGGACUUCCAAACCCAAGAAAGACAAGGCCAACCCAACAGCACCGGCACCGUAUGCUCCACCGGCCAGGCUGAUAUCAGUUCCUUCGCUGCGCUGAAUGGGAGUGUCCCUCACCUCGAUACUACCAUCCGCGAUGACUCGUCGCAAAAUGAUCGGGGCGAUCGCCCGUUGAGUAAGGAGGAGGCGGAUCGCUUGUAUGAGGAGCGCAUGGAGGAUGAGUAUGCGAAGAGGGAGGGCGGUGCAUAG